GCGCCUGCGCGGCGGCGCUGCCCGCCCCGCACGGCUCCGUCCCGGCCAUGGCUCUGCGGCUGCUGCGCGGCGCGCCCGGGGCAGCGAAGUCCUCACUUCUUUGCCACUCACGAAGCACCUCCAGCUCUAAGCCAGGAGGAAGAUCUGAACCCGUUAAGCAGCCACUAAAGAAACCAAAGUUACCAGUAGGGCGGUUUGAUGAACCAGAAGAGUCCAGUAUGGAGAAGGAACCCCUGGAAAAAUUCCCUGAUGGAAUCAAUCCUACUACAAAAGAGAGGGGUGGACCCAGAGGCCCUGAACCUACACGUUUUGGAGACUGGGAAAGAAAAGGACGUUGUAUAGAUUUCUAAUAUUUAAAUAACUGUAUUGCUAAUAAAAUAUUUCUAGUUGCUGAAAAAUAUAAUGUACAUAAAAAAUCUCACCUGGAGCUUAUUGUUUCUGUCAUGCCACCACAUUCUCUCAUGUGAUGAAUUUUCUUAAUAAGGCAAUGUAAUUAAACACAGUGCUUCAGCUCAGAUUAUGGAGAUGUUAGUGGCUCAAUGUCUGCCUGAUCUUUAAUACUAUUUACACUGUGCAAGUCUAGUGAUGUGAAACUGGUAGUCAGGCACUUACUGAGAUGUAUAAGGGCUCGUAUUUGUUCAUGAAUGUAAAGAUUUAUGUGGUGUUGUAAAAGUGUUGAAAGAACUUUUCAGUUCGUGAACCUGGAGACCAUUCAUCAAUGGUAGAACCAACUCUGAGGAGAUCAGUAGGUCACUGAUUUCACACAGUGGUUCUGUGGUAAAAGCCCUUUUACUGAAGAACCUUCCCUCUGUCCCUAUUGCAGUGGGUUGGGUGUUUUUUCCUGGUUGUAGGGAAGGGAUAGUGUUGUCUCUGAGGACUGUAAGUACUACAAUGGAAGUGGAGACUUUAAUUUUGGAGAGGGUCUGCUCUUGAUUGCAAGUAGUGUAGAGGUGCUCUGUUUGCAUUUCUAGAACACUGUCCUUUAUCAUCUGUCGUCUUCAUGCUACUUGCAUUAUCAUUUCUUUUGUGGACGUGCCCUUUUGCACAUGGGCUAAAUGCUGCUUGGGAAAAAUACAGCCUUACUAUCUGAAACCUUAUGGUCAAAGGGGACAAAUUCCACUAGGUGAUUUAAUAUUGCAAGUGUUAAAACUAAGUUAUCUGGCAUCAAACUAAAUAUCAGUCAGACUGAGCUUGGUUCUUCAUUCAAGAAUUUGCCUAGUCAUAAGUACUGUAGUAGAGUAGUAGUAUUGCGCAAAUCUACCACUUGUGUGGGUAUUUACUAAUGAGAGUAAGUUAUCAUUGAAAUGUGAAGUUGUGCUCUAUUUCUGUGCAAGUUCUUUCUGAUAUCCUGAACAAAUGGAUCUUCUCUAGUCAGAGAAUCAGAGAAAGGUGUGGGCUUUGCCCAGCUUUUAAAGUGUGUUGGUAUUGUCACAAAUCUGAGCAGCAUCCCCUGAACUCACUUGACGGGCAGCCAGCAGGCAGCUCCUCGUUGAAAUUUGAGUUUGUGUAUCCAGUGUGUAUGUUAGAGACACAGUCUUACUGUAGUUGUGAGUUUGGAUGUUUGUCUCACUGUGAUGAUUCCCUACAAAAAUAUUGAACCUAUUCAGAUACAGGUUUAUCAACCAAAUACCUCACUGACAAGAAAAAAUAAAUUAACAGAAACCUGUUUCUCAUAAAAGGUGUUAAUUAGUGGUAAUUAGAUUUCGAACCUUUAAAUUCUGCAGCAUGGCUUGGAUAUUGGAAAUUUGGUUUGUAUUUAUAUCUGAUUCAUUGUAGUUUCCCUUCUGUAUAGUGACAGAUCUUUUCAAAAUUUAUUGACAUAUAGCUACCUAAAGCUAGGCUAGGUCAGCUGUCUUUAGUUUGUUAAUUAUUUCUAGUAAUGUUUUGCCUUUUCAUCUGCUGGGUCAGCUGUCUUUAGUUUGUUAAUUAUUUCUAGUAAUGUUUUGCCUUUUCAUCUGCUGGUGUGUUGGAAAAUACUUUCUUACACAAUACACCACCUUUUCAAAUAGGAAGUGGGAAUUUUAGUUGGAAGCUUCUGAUGCCUUUUCUGCAUCAUUAUUUAUAGGUUUAACAUCUUAGUUCACAAAGAAGCGGUAAAAUACUGCAAUUAUUUUAUUUUUAAAUUCUAAAUCUUCUCCAUGGAUUGUUGCAUUACUUCAUUAUCUUCUCAUACCAGGUUUUACCCUUCCCAGCACACACUACAUGAAUGUUUACCUAGUUGCACUUCUUGGCAUUCCUGAUUUUCAAAUCUAAUUACUUUUCUCAGUGCCGACUGCAGGUACAUUCCUCCCUGGAUGCAGACUUACUGUUUUGAUUUAGCAUAUGAAGAACUGGUCUCACUAUUCCAUCAUAUUCCUUACAUUUCAGUUGCUUAUCUUCAGUCUCCCUCAGCUUUGUGAUUAAGGGCUGACCAAGUACUGUCCAGGCCCCUGCUUGUCUUCUUUGAUGCAGGUAAUGACUGCUGCUGUCAGAGGCACAGGCAGGCAGCCCUUCCUGUCAGAGCUCAGGCACGUCCUAGACACUCCAUGCCAGUAUCCAUGAAGUACCUGGAUUCUGAAGAUAAUUCAGAGUGCUAGCAUCUGUACCAAUAGGACAGUGUGUCUCAUAAAGGCAGAGAUUUUGCUUUCCUUCAAAAAACAGAAUCACAGAAAAAUUUUUAGAAAUUAUUUGAUUUAUAUAGAAUUAUUUUAUAGACCUGACCUAAGAUCAUCAAGUCCAACCACUGCCAAGUCUGCCACUAAAUCAUGUUCUUGAGUGCCACAUUUACACAUCUUUUAAAUACCUCCAGGGAUGGUGACUCAACCACUUCAUGGGCAGUCUGUUUUAAGCUUGACAGCCCUUUCAUUGAAUAUUUUUUUCCUAAAAUAAAAAGGCUGUUGUUAACUCAUGUUAUAAAUAGCUGAAAAGGAAUUGGUGCAUGGGAAAUAGAGAAUACCACUUCAGUCUUGAGCAACUUCAAGCCUUUUUUACCACCUCCCAGGCUGGUGCCAGUAACCAAGUAUUUGCUUAACUUGUUUAUGGAAUGUCAGUAAGACAUAGGAAAUUGAACAUAUAAGUAAAAUAAUAUGCAAGAGCAAAAGAGUGAAUGCCAGGGGCGUCUUUCUUACAUUGUCUGGCAAUCUGGCAUUUACCCAGUAACAGUUAAGCACAAAAUCCUAUGGUGCUGCAAAAUCUUGUGGUACCUGUCAAAAGUGAUCAGGGAUUGAAUGUAACAGAUGAUACAAUGAUAUUCUAGGAUAUAAACGAUCAUUUCCCUUUGUUUUCUUGCACUGCCAGCAGGUAGGAAAGCAGCACUACAGCACUUUUUUGGAGCCGUCUUCCUGCUCUUCCCAGAUAAUUACUAUUAGCAAUUCAUUGGAAUUUAGCAUUAGGGUAAGAAAAUGGCUUGGGGCAUUAGCUAUUAGAUCAGCCAUAGGUAUGCUUUUAUCAUAAAUACUGAUUGAUUUUUUUUUUUAGCUCUUCUUAUUAAUAUAAAGAGUGAAGAGCAGCAGGGGCUAUAUCCUAACAUUUUCUGUUAAUUUUCUGUGAGACAAAGGAAAAUUGCUCUGUGUGUGUAAGCAAAUUCUUGUAGUACUGCAGGAUGCUAGCUGCUGUGUUUCAUUUUCUUUAAUAAAAAUCUGUACGUUGUAUUUCUGCAGUAUAUUUUCUCUUUUAAAUUUGUUUCUGCUACUUGACAUAGAUGCAUUUGGUAUAUUAUUAAAAUUAUGAAGUCUUUAUUGUUUGAAGGAUUGCACCAUAAUUACUUUAUUUCAAAAUACAUGAACUUUCAAUUUACAAUUCAAGAAAAUAUUGAAUAUUUGCUAUAUAUUGCCUUGUUUAGAAAGCAUUUAUUUCACUGUUGAUUUUAUUAAAUUGAAACACAGGAUACAUACUAGAAUCAUAGUAAAGUUACCUGUGAUGGUAGCAUAUGUUUGUAAAGCACCAAAGAAUGUUACAAAUCUUUACUGCAUUUUCAGUUGACUGCAAUAAAUGAUGUCAAAUUCCA